AUGUCUCGGGACCCUGACGACGUGCCGCCUCCCCCUUACAGCGAGCAGGACUUGUUCUCCGCGUCCGGGAGAGACGCGCACGUCGCUGACGACACCUCUCGGUCCACCUCGUCCACUAAUGGGGACGUGAUUUAUACCCCUCCCCUCACUCCCCAUAGCUCUCACCACUCCAACUUCGCUGGAGAAGUCGAUCAUCUUGAGCACUCGGCUGCUGCUGCAUACUUUGCCUCACGGCCUGCUCCUCUGUUGACUACCCAACCACACCUCGUACACUCCAUCACUCUCACUCGGGACUCUACCCCGGACAGCCUGCCGUUCCCCAGCCACUUGACAGGCCGGGACGUCCGGCUCGAAGACUGGCAGACCUUUGCCAAUUAUUUGAUGCCACAUUACUCGGCGACUUCCAACGAGCAAGUCAUUGACCGCAAGCUGCGGGCCGAAACCAUGACGGCCACCAACACUCUCCCCCGCAGCAACAACAGCAAUAACGACGACGUCCGCUCUCAGUUGUCGGGCAGGAGCCAUGCCGAAGCCCAGCUCGACCGCAUCCGCUCACUCGUUGAGGCCGACGCUGCCCAGCAGAGGCAGAACGCCGAGGAUACCAUCCGCGAGUGGAACGACGGCUUCUUUGCCCCGCGACGCAUCACCAUCCGUGUCGACCUGGGGCCCAUUAACAGCAACUACACCAACUCCAACCAUGCCAGCGGCCUGAACGAAGUCCCCGCGGACCCGGAGAAACAACCCAUCCCUGGCGCGUGGGACCAAUCCUUUGACAACAGCAACAACAACAACAGCCCCAACUCAGAAACAGACCGCAACAACAACAACAACAACAACAACAACAACAAUCCGCCGCGUAGAGGAUUCGGCAGCUUCUUCAACCCCUUCGCCUCCCGCGGCAACAACGCCAGCGCCAAUACCAACAACCACAACCAUGCCCGUGGAGGCGGAGGUUUUCGGUUCGGAGGAAUCAACGUCGAAGGCGACCGCGUGUCGAUCGGCAACUCGUUUGUGGCCGACGGCCGCACGGGGUCUGUGCGCAUCGGCGGUAUUGCCAUGGACCCGCGGAAUGGCAUCAGUAUCAAUGGGCAGCCUAUGUUUGGUGGUGCGGCGCAUCUCCAUGGUCAUACCUCACCGCUUCAUGCGCGGAGAGUCGGUUCGCUGCCCGACUACGACGACCUCCAUGACGCGCAGCUGCCCGUCGCCAAGCAGUGCGUCCGGGAAUGGCUGCAGCACCCGGACCAGCCCAUCACCAAGGAGAAGGUCAAGCACGUGAGGGAGCAGAUCAAGGCCGCCAAGAAGUCGACCACCGUUGACGCGGCAGGGUUUGAUAAGUCUGCCCUCCGCCGCGAGGUCAGGAACCUCCUGCGCGAGUGGAAGGAGCUCAAGCGGCAGCAGAAGCGCACCCGCAAACAGGAGAAGCGCGAACUCCGCCAGGCCAAGCGCGAGGCGAAGCGUGAGAUCCGCCGGGCCAAGCGCGAGGUCAAGCGCGAGCUUCGUCAGGCCAAGAAGGAGGUGAAGCGGAGCCAGAGGGAGAUGCACCGGGAGUGGCGCCGCGGGCCCCAUCCUCCUCCUCCUCAUGGUCCUCCUCCUCAUGGUCCUCCUCCUCAUCACGUCUUUCCUCCUCACGGCCCUCCCCCGCCAGGGUCAUUCGGCAUCCCUUCUUUUCCCCCAAUGCCACACAUGCCACACAUGCCCGGGAUGCCCCCCUUCCCCGGCGCCUGGCCAGGCGGCCACGGUGACCCACCCCACUACGACAGCCACCACCACGACGAAGGUGUCGAACCCGUUUCCGGGGUUGGAUACCCGGAGUCGCAGGCCAAGUACCAAGCAGCGUGGGAGAUGGAGGCUCGGGUCGCUGAGAAGGAGGCCGAGCUGCUGCAGCUGCAUGAGAGGAUCGCCGAAGAGGAGCAAGAGCAGGCGCAGGAGCAGGAGCAGCAGCACGGCGCUGCUGCUGCUAGUGAUGGUGUUGAUGAGAAAGAGAAAAGAAAAGGAGGGCAGAAGAGCAAGAUCCACGCCGAAGCGGAGGCGGUGGAGAGGGAGAUUGAGGAGCUGGCGAGGGAGAUGGAGCGGUUGAGGACGGAGGCGGAUGAGGAGUUUGCGAGAGCGUUGGCUGAGGAGGAGGAACGGAGGUUUAGGGGGUAG